AUGACAACCAUCCGACACAGAAAGGGAAUAAAAGUCACAGAAGUUGCUGAAGAUCAUCUGUCACAAGAGAAAAACGUGAAGCCUGACGGAAAAGUUCGAUCUGUUUACACAGGUGAAAAGCUAUGGAAGAGACUUUCACUUACAGUGGGUGGAACUGUUGCCAUAUCUCUUGGACUUCUUACUUCUGUUUACGUUGCUACUCUACAUGAAAAUGACCUGUGGUUUUCCAAUAUUAAGGAAGUAGAACGGGAAAUUUCAUUCAGGACUGAAUGUGGAUUGUAUUACUCCUAUUACAAAGAGAUGCUGCAGGCUACAUCCAUCCAACAAGGUUUACAUGGCUUAAUAUAUGACAAUAAAACUGAAUCUCUGAGGACAAUUAACAUACUUGAAAGAAUGAAUGUUUACCAGGAGGUGUUUCUCAGCAUACUGUAUAGGAUUCUUCCCAUUCAGAAGUAUUUAGAGCCUGUUUAUUUUUAUAUCUACACUUUGUUUGGACUUCAGGCACUUUAUGUCAUUGCUCUGUAUGUAACCAGUUGGCUUCUUAGUGGAACAUGGCUUUCAGGUUUGUUAGCAGCUUUCUGGUAUAUUACGAACAGAAUAGAUACCACAAGAGUAGAAUUCACCAUUCCAUUAAGAGAGAACUGGGCACUGCCAUUCUUUGCAGUUCAGAUAGCGGCAAUCACAUACCUAUUCAGAUCUCAUUUACGACCUCUUCAUGAAAAACUGACACUUCUGGCAGUGUUUAUAUCAACCUUUCUCUUUAGCCUGACUUGGCAAUUCAAUCAGUUUAUGAUGCUGAUGCAAGCAUUAGUAUUAUUCAUAUUGGACUGUCUUGACAUGCUUCCCACAGCAAAGGUUACAUGGCUCUACAUUAUACAGUUAACAGGCAUACUACUGGUCUGUGUUCUACAGUUCUUUAAUUCCAUGAUUCUUGGAUCCCUACUUAUAAGUUUUAAUGUGUCAGUCUUGCUAGCAAGAACAGUUCAGAAAAACAUGAAAAUGGGAUGCUUGCUAAAUAGACUUGGGAAACUUUUCUUCCAUGUACUCAUGGUGUUAUGUUUGACACUUCUAGUUAAUAACUUUAUUAAGAAAAUUCUUAAUCUUGAGUCAGAUGAACAUAUAUUUAAAUUCCUGAAAGCAAAAUUUGGAUUUGGAGCAACAAGAGAUUUCGAUGCUAACCUGUACCUCUGUGAAGAAGCAUUUGGUCUGCUGCCAUUUAAUACUUUUGCAAGACUCUCAGAUACAUUACUUUUUUAUGCCUACCUGUUUGUUCUCUUGCUUAUGGCAAUAGCAGCUGCUGUUGUUGCCUUUCAGAAUCUCAGUGGUUCAGCUAAUGUCCAAUCCAUGGAUAAAAUGGAAAUUUGCACAAUAGUACUGAAGCCUGGAGCUGCCUACAACUUAAUGCACACAAUUCUGUUUGGAUGCCUGGCUUUAAGCACAAUGAGAAUGAAGUACCUUUGGACAUCCCAUAUGUGUGUAUUUGCUUCUUUUGGUUUGUGCAGUACUGAAGUUUGGGGAUUUGUCCUGAAAUCCGUUCGUCUCUACACACCACAGAGGCUAUGUGUCAUUAGGUAUUUGGUACCAAUAAUCACAUUGCUGUACCUUUCCUAUAAGUUCUGUCCAGGAAUGAUGGAUGAGCUGUCAGAGCUGAGAGAAUUCUAUGAUCCAGACACAGUGGAGCUGAUGAACUGGAUUAAGUCAAACACUCCUAAGAAAGCAGUGAUUGCUGGGAGCAUGCAGCUAUUAGCAGGAGUCAAACUGUGCACUGGAAGGAUCUUAACUAAUCACCCACAUUAUGAAGACAAGAGUCUAAGGGAGAGAACAAAACAACUUUAUCAGGUAUAUGCAAAGAGAUCUCCUGAAGAUGUCUACAGCAUACUGAGAUCCUUUGGAACAAACUAUGUAAUCUUGGAGGACAGCAUAUGUUAUGAAAGACGGCAUAGCAGAGGCUGUCGGUUACGAGACCUGCUCGAUAUAGCUAAUGGUCAUAUCAUGGAUGGUCUAGGAGAGAAUGAACCUGAUCUGAAAGCUUCACUGUAUCCUCGCUUCUGUGAGGAAAUUAAAAAAAACUUGUCUUCUUAUUCCAUGUACUUCAUUAGAGUGUUCCAGAACAAAACAUUCCAUGUUUACAAGCUUGCUAAACAUAAAUAG